AUGUCUGAGGCAUCAGAUAAUGGGUCUGAUACGACCAGUUCUACUCGUGGCGAGGAAGCAGCCCCUUUGCAGGGGAGUUUGACGUCGAAUCAGCAGGAGGACCUCGACCAGCUGUAUCACCCGCUCUACGCUGACUUCACGCUGAAAUGCGGCGAUUUGAAGUUAGAUGUCCAGCGCUCGGUCCUUUCGCGCCAGUCUGACUACUUCCAGACACUCCUGGCUGGGAAGCAUUGGGCUGAGAAUUACACCCAAUGCAUCAAUCUCAACGAUCACGAACCCGCGCUACUUGAGCAAGCGCUGCGGUUUUUCUAUGCAAGAACAUACGACGCCGUGCAGCAACCCAAAACACAGACCUUGUACUUCAACUUUCGAAUGGCCAGCCUGGCAGACUCCAUCAUGGCAUACAAGCUCCGAGAAGCUGCUCUCGCUUAUUGCUGGGAACGGCUGGCUCACGAUCUGAUCAGCGUGGAAGAAAUGGCCAAAGUGGUGCCCCUUGUCUUUGAAGACAAACGAGCAGAUGAUUGUGAGAUGCGUACCAAGUUAAUCAACUACUGUGUGCACCAUCGGGACAGACUCUUUUCUAUGGUCGAUGAGGCGUCGGACGCCGGCGUUGACUCCGGUGACUUGAGGGCAACGACUACCACAACUAUGAACCCCUUCUCGAGGGCGGCACCCGAUGCAAAUCGAGACCAGAGCCAACACCCUCCGAAGAAGCGAAGAAAGGUCUCAACCAGAGACGGUAGUCCAGACGGUGUUCAUAUCACGGACGACAUUGUUCGUGCGCAAGAAGUCGCUCUGCGGCGGGCAAAUGUACAGUCCAUCUACGACAUUCUGGAGCAAGAAGAGCCUGUCGCGCUCGCCAUUGCGCAGUCUGAAGCUGAGAACAUGAGAGUGCUGCGAGAACAACUGGCUUCGUCCAUUAGUGAGCGCACAGUGCUUGAGGAGAAACUGAUUGUGGCGACAACCAAACUUGAGAGUGUCAAGGAGGCCACGUCUAAGGACGAGAUCGAGGCAGCAAGAGUGCUGCGCUUGAUCAGGAAGCACACCAUCUGCCGGAAUGACAACUGCCGAAGAACGGCGUUUGCCAUCGACAUGAAGCAGGAUGGGUCCAUUGCAGGCUUGAGAUGUGUUUCUUGCAAUGCGAAGCACCGUCGCACUGACUAG